AUGGGAUAUUGGAGAAUGCACUGGAUUUUGAAAUCUGAAGCUCUGGUUUCCAUUCCAGGAGCUGCCCCAGAGACAUUUUGGCAACAAAAAUGCAAGAUGAAACCCAGGGUGGGCUCCUGCAUGGCAGGUAUUUUCACCAUCCUCAGCACGAUCCAGUCCCUCAUUCUUGAUUUGAACCAGAAAUCUACCUUUGGGAAGGAGCCCAACAAAUACAGCAUUUUUAAGGAUCUUCAUGGAUUGGCCCUCUGGACUGUUAGCCACAAGAAUAACAUCAUCAUCUUCUUUUAUAUCACCACGCUCCUUGCUAGUUCCUUUCUCCUCUACUCAGUAUACACAAAACUCUACCUGGGCCUCCUAGUCUAUAUUUUCUGGAUCAUCAUUUAUGAGAUUACCUCCUUCUCUAUACUUCUGCUAAUCUCCAAGUUCAUCAGGCAUCCCUUUAUAUCUCUUGGGUACUACCUGUGGAUUAGCCAAAUUUCCCGAAUGAUCCUCCAUAUAUUUUGGUUGCCCUUUGUCAUGGCCUAUGCCUACAAUCUCUAUAAGGGUCCAUAUACUCCCAUGAGCAAGAAAAGUCUCCAUGCCAGACAGUAUUCUGAAAUCGCCACAGAUUCCUGGUCUCAAGUAACUUUACCCAAAGAGAGAAAGUUCACCUGA